ACCACCAGCAGCAACCUCCGCCGAUCAUGCCGCGCAGCAUUAACUCCAAGGCUUCGCGCGAUGUCCGGCCAACGGUUCAGCGCUACAUCCGUUGCCUCCUCUCCUCCGGCGGCGCCGGCCACCCGGAACCGUCGCUGAAACAGUCUCCCAAACAGCCGCCUCCGCCGUCGCCGCCGCCGCUGCCUAAGACCAUAGACCUCGACGACCACACGAAGCUCUACGCCUCCUUCACGACGGCGAAGCUAAUGAAGUCGUGGCUGACGCUGAAAGUGGCGGCGAAGGGCUCUGUCGCCGCCGUCGGGUCGUGGGUGAUCAACUCACGUGCCAUGGACGACCCGAUCGCCAAGGCCGCCAUUCUUGGGUUCACCGAGCGGACCUUCUUCGGCCAUUUCUGCGGCGGGAAGGACCUGCUGGAGGCCGGCCGGACUGUGCAGAUGCUUUGGGAUACUGGCCUUAAUGCUAUGUUGGAUUACGGCUUGGAACACUCCGACGAUAACCUCUCCUGCGACCGGAAUUUGGCUGAAUUCCUUGCCUCCAUUGAAUGGACCAAAUCACUCCCCAAUUCUCAAUGCGUGAGCUUCAUCGUGGUGAAAAUCACUGCAAUCUGCCCAACAUCGCUGCUGAGACGACUAAGCGAUCUACUCCGAUGGGAGUACAAGCGUGGCUCGAUUGAUCUGCCAUGGAAGCAGGAGACAUUGCCGAUUUUCACAGACAUCAGCCCAUUAUACCACACGAUAAGAUGCCCUGCACCUCUGACUCCAGAAGAAGAAAGAGAUCUUCAAAUAGCCAUCGCCAGACUGGAGACGAUCUGCGAGAGGAGUGUAGAAGCAAACGUACCUCUGUUAAUCGACGCCGAAGAAACAACUACCCAACCCGCCAUAGAUUACCUUGCUUAUUCUGCUGCAAUCAAAUACAGGCUCCCCGACGGCAAGCCUUUGAUAUUCAACACAAUCCAGGCUUAUUUGAAGGAUUCUUUUGAGAGGUUGAAAUCGGCUAUGGGAGCCGCCGAUCGAAUCGGAGUGCCGUUGGGGAUCAAAUUGGUGAGGGGCGCCUACAUGUCGUCCGAGAAAAUCUUGGCCGCCAAUUUGAGGGCUGAUCACCCACUUCACCCUGUUCUUGAGAGAACUCAUGAUUCUUACAACGACUGUGCAGACUUUUUGUUAAACGAGGUCGCCAAGGGGAAGGCUUCAGCAGUUAUGGCGACCCACAACAUUGAAUCUGGUUAUAUUAUUGCUGGUAAAGCAAGACAAUUGGGGAUUGCGAAAGAAGAUCCUUCCCUGCAAUUUGCUCAGCUGUAUGGAAUGUCGGAUGCGCUUUCGUUCGGGCUUAAGAACGCCGGUUUUAAGGUUAGCAAGUACUUGCCAUUCGGACCGGUCGAGCAGAUCAUGCCGUAUCUACUACGACGGGCAGAGGAGAACACGGCGGUUCUGGGUACUUCGAAUUUUGAUAGAGAUCUCAUGAAGAAGGAAUGGGUGAGGAGACUGAAAUCAGGAAUCCGUGGGGAGGGUGGUGAUGCAGUAGCUAUUCAAACUUAAUUUGCUGACAAGAAUAAUGGAAGUGAUUCCAACUGUAAUUGGAGGGUGUGCUGUUUUGCCUAGGUUUUUAGUCAUGGUUAAGUUCGUCGAUCAGCUUGGGUUUGUACAUAGAGAUUGAUGAACUGCACCAUGAUAUUAGGUCGAUUUCUUUUUCUUGUUUUUACUUUAUGUAAUAAAACAGGUAGUGAUAU